AUGGCGUCUUCCGACAUUUUGUCCCAGACCCUUCACACCAUCACAAGUGUGAAGCUCAGCCAAUUGGAUAAACAGAAAGCUUCAUACGAGUCGGGGAAGCGAGCACUGCUAGACGAUGCGGCGUAUGAGACGGACAGCCGGAAAAGGGCCAAACUGUUGGUCGACCGGGUCGAAAAGCUUCCUGCCAUGGCUCCCGUGGACGACGGCUCGCUGGUAUCUAUCGACAAUCUCAAGCGUUUCGUCCAGCAAGCCGAGUAUGACCCAUGCGUUUCCGAUAGCUUCCUCAACAACUACGAGAACACCAUACGCAACGAGCUCGACGUCCAGUCGGCAAAGUAUCGAUAUGCUGAACUCUACGGCAAGCUCGUCAAUGAAUGGAUCUCCGCUGGAAAGGUCGCUGGACAGGGUGCCGAGUCGGGGUUCGUCCCCGUGGGCAGGGAGGAGAUGCACCACCAACGAGCGACGUGGGAGAGCUAUGUCUUCCAUGCCAAGGAGACGGAUAGCCAGGCCAUUAAGAGCUACCUCGAGAGCCUGUUCAUCUCACCCUCCAAGGACAUCCACCGAGCAUUCGAGGAGCUGAGGGAGAGCGUCAAGAAAUUCCAGGAAACGUGGGACGCCGCUACACACUUUGACGAGGAUUCCCUGAUGAACACCAUCCGCGGUCUCCUCCGAACGGACACCCUCACGGAUCAGAAAAGGACGACGCUCAACGACUUUCUCAACAACAAGGUCGUUCUGCGCGAGAUCGCCGACGUGCUAAACAUGCGGAUGCAGACCCGACAAAACUGGGCUUGGGACGGCGCGACCGAGGUCGACGUGCGGCGGCAACUCAACGGACGCUACCGUUUCUACCCGGACGACGACCUUCUGCAGGCCAUCUUUAUCCACCAUAUUGGCAAGCGGUGGGCCGUCAGGAUGCGCGCGAUUCUCAUCACGUUUCUCGAAAGCCCGGGCGUGGAAAAGGAUGCAACGAAGCCCAUGAGCAAGGAAGACGUUCGCCGCCAACGGUUUUUCCUGAAAAAAGGUGCGCAAAUCGAGAGCCCUGUUUCGGUGGAGAAGAAGCUCCGAGCGCACUUCAAGUCAGAGAUCCUGCUGGACCAGCUGCCGCAGUCGGUGGCGGAGGAGCGCGGCGGCUACGGCUCGGACGGGAAGGAGAAGAAGGGUGACAGCCGCAAGUCGCACGUCGCCGUCGUGCAGAACCUCUUGCACCUCGUGCAGUCCGAGAUCAUCAUGCAGACGCGGUUGGGGAGCGACGUGACGGUCAUCCGGUCCGACCUCAAGUGGUUCGGCCCCAGCGUACCGCACUCGUCCAUCUUCGCCGUGCUCGACUUCUUCGGCGUCGACGGGGAAUGGAUCAGCUUCUUCCGGCGGGUGCUCGAGUGCCCCUUACGCUUCAGCGGCGACCCGUCGGACGCGCCAGCCCAGAUCCGAAGGAGAGGCACGCCCCUGAGCACACCCCUGGCGGACUUUGUUGCCGAGACCAUGCUCUUCUGCAUGGACUUUGCCGUCAACCAACAAGCCGAUGGUUGCCGCCUCUACCGACUACACGAUGACAUGUGGCUAUGGGGCGGCCUCGAGACCUGCACCCGGGCGUGGGAGACAAUGACCGAGUUUGUCAACCUCACAGGGCUGGAAUUCAACUGGGACAAGACGGGAAGCGUCAGGAUCGCCGCCGCCGCCGCCGCUCCCCCGGUAGCCGGGUCGAACCAACAACAGUCCACGAUGGGCACUAUGACAACGGCCCAGGGGCGGCUGCCAUCAGGCCAUGUCGUGUGGGGAUUCCUCAAGCUCGACCCCGUGUCGGGGCGGUUCCUCCUGGACCAGGACAAGAUUGACGUGCACAUUGACGAGCUGCGCCUGCAGCUGGAGGCGUGCAGCAGCGUGUUCGACUGGAUCCAGGCGUGGAACAUUUACGGCGCUCGCUUCUUCAAGACCAACUGCGCCCAGCUCGCCAACUGCUACUCCCGCCAGCACGUGGACAGCAUGCUGGCGACGUUCCACCGCAUCCAGGAGAGGCUGUUUGGCGCCGGCGGGGCUGGCGCGCACCUGAAGCGGCUGAUUGGCGACCGGUUCGGCGUCGAGGAUAUCCCUGACGGCUACCUGUAUUUCCCCGUCUCCCUGGGCGGCCUGGGACUCCAGAACCCCUUUAUUCACCUCUACCUGAUCCGCGACGACGUCAUCGAGGACCCGGACGUGAUCAUGGACGACUUCCUGGCCGAGGAGGAGGCCGAGUACCGGUUCAAGAAGGCGGCCUACGAGGAGGACACGGGGGACAACGUCGACGUCGCCGGCGCCCGACACCACCCGCCGUGGCUGCUCGCGGACGACUACAGAGAUCUACGGGAGCAGCCGUUCAUGAGCUACGAGGAGUUUGCGCGGCACCGGAGGCGCACGUCGCCGGCGCUGAGCCGGGCGCUGGACAGGCUGCGGCACACGCCGGCCGCGAAGGCGAUUGAACUCAGGGGCGAGGUGGAGGCCGCGCUUAAGACCACGCCGGCAGGCUGGUACGGACUUAGCGGCUACGAACAGUGGGUGUGCGGCCUCUACGGCAAGGACAUGGUUGCCUGGUUCGGGAGCCUGGUCGUCGUGGACAAGGGGGUCCUGCCCACGGGUCUGCUUGACAUGUUGCGGCAGAGCCGGUUCAAGUGGCGCGGUUGA